AUGUCUGAGGAAACAAAAACCGCGCCUUCUUCCUCCACAGCCACCGAACAGCCAGAUAGUCAUGAGAGCACGGAGAAGCCGGAAGAGAACGCCAGGUGAGAGCUUUUUAAUAUUUUUUUUUCUUGGAUUUUAGGUUUCUUUCAACAUAUUCUCUUCACCCAUACCUCUAAGAUUUUGGGUAACAUAAUUUUUCGUCGAUUUCAGAUUCGAAUGCAAUAUUUGUUUGGACGUAGCGAAGGAUGCUGUCGUCUCAAAGUGCGGGCACUUGUUUUGUUGGCCUUGUCUUCAUCAAUGGCUAGAAACAAGACCAAAUCAGCAACUUUGUCCCGUCUGUAAAAGCGCCAUUUCCCAUGAUAAAGUGAUCCCCAUAUAUGGCAGGGGAGGGAAUGAGAGUGAUCCCAGGACCAAAGUGCCGCCUAGACCUCGAGGACAACGUUCCGAAGAGCCGCAAUCCGGCUUCCCGACCUUUCAUUGGGGAGGAGAUGGAGGACAAGGUGGAGUUCAAUUCUCUUUGGGUAUCGGCGUCUUUCCCAUAUCAUUCAUGGCUUCAUUCUUCAAUGCAAAUGCCGGUCAACGAAGGAAUGAGACUCGUAAGCCAUUUUUAUCACCAUUUGUCAUGUUUAUGGGCUCUUAUUUUUAUUUUAUAUUACCCAUGAACAUUAAAAUCUUAAGAAUAAUAUAAUUUAACUACAGCGAACGACGGAAGUGUGCAAGCCGGCGAAGAACAACUGCUGUCGAACGUCUUCUUUGCCAUCGGCAUUGCAUUCAUCCUCUGGCUUCUUCUACUGUGA